AAUCCAGGAUGUGGUCUGAGCUUCUGUGCACGGAAUAUUUCAUGAGCCCCGAAACGCACUCAUGACAGGAUAUUAUGUGCGCAGGCUUUGAUGUCCUCGAGUCUAUAAUUCCACAAUUCGACUUCAAUUUCAAGCAUGAUCGGAUCGAGAUUGACUUCAUCAUCACCGGAAGCACUACUUCAACGGCGAUGCCUGUUGGCAAGACGCAUCACGCAUUGAGAACAACCGUAAACUACAAACAUGACGCGAACUAAGUUGAUCAAUAUGGACUCCGGGGCACUUGAGCCAUAUGCAAUUAGUUCGAUGCCAUCUUAUCUUGCAGCUUCUCAUGCGUGGUCCGAUAACAUGUUUGCAAUACACACUGAGUACAAAAACACAUUAGGUGGAAUGAUGAUCGAUACUUCCGUUCGCAAACUCUUUCCUGACAUCAAGUAUUGCUGGAUCGAUACAAUUUGCAUUGAUCAAAAUAAUGAAGAAGACAAGAAACGCCAAAUACCUCUAAUGGGUGACAUAUACGGCAAUGCGGAAGUGGUGGUAAUUGUCACAACUUGUGAUUUUCCAAAUUGGAUGACACAGGAUUACUUGGAUCAACUCACCAAGGAUCUAGAUGAAGCCAUCGCAAUAUCUAUGGAGGAGGAAUAUACAGAAUCUAUGUCGGAAUACUGGGCACAUGGUGAUGGGCGACAGAAGAUCAUUGAUGGGAUGAAUUGUCUUGAAUUUUUCACGAGGACUCGGUGGGCUGAUCGAAUUUGGACACUACAGGAGUAUAUUCUUGCUCGGCAGAUUGUGUGGCUUGGCAAAGAAAGUGUAUGUCUUCGAAUAGAUGAUGCACUUUUCAGUGCAUUGCCGGACUUAUGUGAUGUCUUCGACAUCAAGGAAACAAUAGGUGGGAAAUAUGCUAAAAUUUAUGAAUUUUACACAGGAAUGGUUAAUGCUGGAGCGGGCAAAAUAGAUCGGACUCGUGUUAUGGAACUGUUGGGCAAUCGUACCGCUUCCUUUCCCGAUGAUGAGGUUUAUGGUGCAAUGGCAGCCUCGGGUGUAGUCAUACAACCAGGAAUCGUCUUUGGCCAAGAUAAUGUCUGGGCUCUUUGGUGGGAGGAGGCAAUACGUCAAGGACAUCAUCGCUGGAUGUUCCUUCCGCCGGUUUUAUCUGAAUCUAUAAGCCAAAACUGUCUAAUGCCACCUUUCAAGACACGCCACAAGGCCUCCCAGUAUUCCGGGCUAGAUAAAAUAAAUAUCAAAAGUGGCCAAGUCACCAUUGAAGACGGAAGCAUAAAUAUAUCUGGUCGCUGGGCUGGUUUCUGUCACAUAGUGAGGCGCUUAGGUAAGGUUUUUCGGGAUGAAAAUGGUGGUCUUCUUCGAGAUAUAACAAUAAUUCUGUUCGCCAAUGGUAGUUGGCAAUUAGCUUUACGGCUUGUUGCAGCAUUCGGUGGGGGAAGAUACACUUGGAAGCAGUGUUUUGCAAUUGCACAAAUUUUGAAAGCAAACCACUAUCACGCUAAAAGAGCCGUUUAUUCUCGAAAGGAGCACAAGAUGAUUCUGCGAAAGCAGACCAGUUAUCAAAGAACAGUCUGGGCUGACUUCAUGAGACUCAUGAUGAGUCAGAUGGUUCCAAUGAAUGAAGGAAUAGCUUAUCUUGCUUGUGUUAAGAAUAAAUUGAAGUCAACGGACAUCAUCAUAGUGAGUGAUGAUAAUCAACCGCUUGACGUGCUUCAAGCUCUUGAUUUUGGAAUACAAGAUGUCAGCAAAAGAACUCCUUUUAUGAUUGUUUCUGCACCAGCCUCUUCUCUGACACCUGGACAGGAAGAUUGCAUUGGGGCUCUUCAUAAGAUUGGGAUUUCUAUCCCGACAAUGGUGUACAAGACUUUGCGCAAAGCUUGUGCUUACAAGGGUCAUAUGAUCGACGGCGAUUUACAUAAAUUCAAUAUUGGCGGGAAGACAUGCUGGUUUUGUUCAAAGGCAUAAUGAUGUUCCGGGCUACACUUGCCGUUCUCAAUCACCCCUCAGAUGGCUCGUUCAGCUCGAUCGUGGGUCCAGCAGAAAUGAUACACGUAUUAGAUUUUCAUGAGGCACUUCUGAAUUUUGGUACGCAUGCAUUCUCUAUAUCGACAACAAACUCCCACAUACAUGGUCCGGUUACUGACAGAUCUAGAUAUAAAAUGCAAGAUAAUUUACAUGAGAAUGAAACGAAUAUUCAACAAGAGCCGUACACUUCAAAUAUAAAGCUCAUUUCUUUUGAGGGCCGUUCCAGUCGAUAAUAGAAUCUUGAAGUAGCAAACGUCGUCGGGGAAUUGGGGAGUGUUUUGGGAUAUUAACUUUCGAAUGAUGAUGCUAUUCCGCUGGUCUCUGUUGAAUUAUCGCCGGUAUUGUUUCACUCGGAAAGAAGAACAUCAAUUCCUGAAGACACACUACUAGCUUUCGCAGCACUAAAGGCUGUAGCUGUGACUCCAUCUUGCUCCACUUUAUUCGUAGUCCAUGAAAAAAGUUUUACAGGGGCUUGGGUACAAGAAGCGACUGUCGUUUUACUGCUCAUGAUCUUUGGCCAAUGGGGUACAAACUGAGCUAGUAGGCUUGCAAGAUACAGUCGUUGUGAUUCCACUUGUGGUGUACGUUGAUGGUGUGCAAGUUGGGCUCGAGGGUACUGGACCACCGGUACAAGUCGAUGGUUGAGUUCAAGUCGAUGGUUAAGUUUAAAUAAAUAGUUGAAUUUAGGU